CUCCCGGACGCCACGCCCCAGGCCGGGCGCUGGGAAAAGGGCGGAAAGGAAGCGCUGCGGGAGCGCCACGCCCCUCGCGGCGCGAGCCCACGCCCUCUCCCAAUCAACGCCGCCCGUCGUCCACUCGCGGUCUCUCAUUGGUCUGCCUUUGCCGGGAGGCGGGGAGAAGGGGGCAGGGCGUCGGGAUGACGUCCGGCCAAUCGCCGGGCCCACCGCGCGCGCCCCUGGUUGCCCCUGGAAACCUAACAGCCCUGAGCGGGAGUCUGUGGCGCUGUCCCGGCGGGGAGGGAGAUGGACGACUACUCCGAGCACUCCGAGGACCUCGAGAGGGCAGAUGGAGACGUGGAGAGCCUGACCUCGCGGUUGUCGGUGAUCAAGACCAGCUCUGGCGCCCAGUCCCCGGCCGAACCCACGGAGCCGGAAGCCGUAGGAGCUUCAGAGGCAGAGGCCGCGGAGGCCGAGCGGGUCAAGCCGGCCGAGUCCCAGGAAGGGCUGGGGGCCACCGAGGCUGCGGGGGAGGAGGGGCCCGUGGAGCCGGAGUGGCCGGCCGAGACGGAGGCGGAGGCCGAGCCGGAGGAGCCGGCCGAGGCCGAGCCUGAGGAGCCAGCCAAGCCAGUGCCCGAAGGCGGGCCCGAGGGACCAGAGGAGGAGGACCUGGAGGAGCAGGAAGAAGACGAAGACGAGGACCGGCAGGAGGCGGAGGUGGCAGCGGAGCCGAGGAAGGAAAUCCUGUCGCAGGUCCCUCCGGCCGGCAAGGAAGAGGCUGCGCCAGUCCGGGAUGCCGAGCGGGAGGGACAUGAGGAGGAGAAAGAAGAGAGCGAGGAGAGCGAGAAGAGCGAGGGGAGGCAUGUGGAAAGAAGCAGGGAGAAAAGCAAGGGAGAGCUGGGGGAUCUGGACGAGGGACUCGAGUUUGGCAGUCAGGAAUGGACUGAGGAGGUGCAGAAGCAGCAGGAGCAGCAGCUGCGCGCCGAGCUCCUGGAACAGUACCACUCCCUGAUGGUGGAGCGGAGCAGCUACCAGCGCUACAACAUGUACCUGCAGCACAAGAUCUUCGAGGCGCUGCACAAGAAGAAGGGUCUGGAUGCAGCCGAGGUGCUGGACAAGGGCACGGAGCCUGAGGCCCCCGAGAAAGAGCAAGCAUACCUAGGCCAUCUGGCCUUGCUGGAGGAUCUGAGGAAGCAGCAGGCAGACGACCUGAGCUGGUAUCACCAGGAGCUAAACCAGCUGAAGCAGCAGUGCAGAGAGAAGCUCUCCCGGGUGGAGAAGGAAUGGCGAGGCUUCCAGGCACUCAAGAAGCAGGUGGUGAUGCAGGCCAUGGGCAGCUGCCAGAUGAGGGGUGGUCGCCAGGCCGCUCUGCGAGAGGUGGAGCAGAUCCAGGCGUUAGAGGAUAAGAAGGAGAAGGAGAUGAGCGCUGUGAGGCUAGAGAACGUGCAGCUGAGGCAGAGUCUGGUGCAUUUUGAGACCAGGAUGAGGGCCCAGGAGGACUUGAACGAGGGCCUGCUCCUCAUAGAUUUUGAGCAGCUUAAAAUUGAGAACCAGACCUUCAACGAGAAGGUUGAGGAGCGAAAUGAGGAGCUUUUGAAACUGCGCAGCAAGGUGACCAACAAUGUGCAGAUCAUAACCCACGUGAAGGAAAAGCUACACUUUGUGGACCUAGGAAACGCUUGUAAAAAGGCAGAGCUUAUGGAACUUGAGGCGCAGGUGGCCCUGAGGAGGGACGUCUUGACCAAGACCAAGCAGGCCCGAGACAGCCUGCGGACUGACAACAUCAGGCUGCACCAGCAGUGUGGGCUCCUGGGCCAGGAAGCCCUGCUUCGGGACAUGGAAGAGAAAGUGGACAGGACUGAUGCGCUCAGCCGGCGCCUGGACUCCCUGAAGCACCACCACGCCGGGCUUAUGCUGUCCUGCAGAGGCGUGAGGCAGAAGAUCAGGGAGGCCAAAGCCUUUCUGCCCUCGUGACUCGACUGCUGGCAAGAGUCAGCAGUAUGUCCUCGGCCCCGGCAAACUUCACCCUACUGACUUUUAUUCUCCAUGCGUGGCCGUUCCUGCAAAGGCCUAUGGCAUUUGGGAUAGAAUUAUAUUUUGCAUUCUUAAUUUUUCGGCUUCAAUUGGUGCGGAGCACAAAACCGAGUUAGCACUCCGUUUAUAUGGGGUUCAGUAAAAGAGGUACGAGAAACCAACAGGGAGGGUUUAAUGGAACUGACUCCUCAUACAAAGCUGUCAGUUGCCACACCUGUGGCCCUAAAAGAAAGAAAGAAAGAAAAAAAGCUGUCAAAAGCCUUUUAUAUCUGAGCAAUCCCGUAGCUUCAGGGUCCUGAUACUGAGGAGAACUGUAGCUCCUCCAUGUGCAAAAGGGGUCAGCAAGUGGGCAGGGUGCCAGAAAAAAUUCCUGUGCAUCAAGCUAAUUAUUAAAUCCCCCUUGAAUGUACUGAACUCUGUGGUCCUGAGUCACCACAAAGCUCAAUAGCUGUCUCAGCCUAAAGUUGUUUUGCGUGUAAGCGCACUAGCUUUGGGGUAAAAAAACCUCCCAGGAACAGGAGGAAUGACAUUAACUGGAGCAAGGAGCUGAUGGCGUCUCUGCAUCUCUCCUUUGCCAAUGAAAGGAGGCUCAGUCUGCUUAACUGUGAAUGUUUGUUUCUGGCUCAAGGACAGCCUUCAAUUCUAAUGAAAACGUUUUCUCGGAUUCACUAAAGAAAUGCCUUGAUCUGUACAAAAAAGACGAAAUUUUGUUUUCCGGUGAAGACAAAAUGGUGAUUGUGUGUUUUGCCAGGUGCAAAAUAUAUGGUGUGGUGACUGCUGACUUCCCAUAAGCCUUUUGUUUUCAGCAAGCUAUUUUCAGAUCUUGGCAACAGAACCCUCACUAUGCAUGUGAUUUUACUCUGUAUCAAAUAUUAAAGUCUAUCACUCCUUGGGUUAAAGUAA